CAGCAUGCUGAUAGAAGAAAAGAACCCAAGCGAAAACCCUACGAGUUUUCCACUAUGGGUCAUGCAAUUUGCCCCAUGGCAUGGUGCCGUCUCUAUGGGAUCAGCAGGUCAAGGUUCUAUGAAGUUAAAAGUGAGUACGAGAGGGGAAGAUACCCAGACUUCAGAGAUGGCAGACAGGCGAUGGAGUACCCCACCAGCAGGUACCUGACUGCUAAGGAAUGGAUGCUACAGUAUGCCAAGAAGUAUGGUGAAUCAAUGCCAAACAGCAGUGAUGUCAACUUGCCACAGUGCGUCAGAAAAAAUGAUGUCUUCAAACACUAUGAAGAGGACCACUGGUAUGAAAAUGCUCUGAAGAGAUCCAGAUUUAUGAAUGUGGAAGAAAGAGUUUCCACAUGUCAAGAUUCCUGCAAAAAACCGGUGUACCAAAUGUGAUGAAUGCGAUGAUCUGAAAGAGUUGCUGUCACGGGCCAGAACAAAGGCAGACAUACUGGAGGUGAGGACCAGAAGAAAGGCUCAUUUCAACCUCCAAAAGUAAGUUUGCUGUUAUUGGCUUGUUUUCAGUGAUGUGUAAAAAAAUGCUUUCUCCAACGUGAUGGAAACCAUUUAAUGGAUAACAAUUUUACUUUUUAAUGUUUAAGGAUAAGGUCUUUAAAAUAUUAGCAUUGACUGAUGACCUUAAAAGAAAUAGCCACAGUCCCUAUAUCCAUUCAAAAGUAAUUUUCACAUGGAUAAACAUAAUAGAUUUUGAGUUUAAACCGAAAAGCUCACAAAAUUAGGAAAGAAGUACUUUGCAAAAGGAAAUAUACCAAAAAGCCGAUUUCCCACACUUUUCAUGUCAUCCAACAGUUGAACUUCACGCUCUCCCAACACGUUUUCCUGACCACCCAGGUAUAAUUUCCUUUUGGAAAGUACUGCUUUCCUAAUUUUGUGAGCUUUUCCUUUAAGAAAUGGAAAUUCCGUAGUUUAAAACGUUGGCAUUGCU